GUGGAGGAAUCCAUCCUAGGCGUCGAUCUUUCAUACUGGCUUUGCAAACCAGUGCCUUUCUUCAGAGGCGACAUUUAGCAGCCUUCUGAUGAUCUCCCAAAAUUUAAAAGUCCUCUGGUUUUUUUAUUUCGUCGUUUUUUCUUUUCCUUAGAAACCACAAAAAAAAAACCGCCAUAAUGAAUCCUACUACCAAAGAACUCAACCUUUACAAGCUCAUGCUAUGCUGUGAAUCAAAGUUAAACUCAGAGCCUGUCGAAACCUGGACAGCAUCUGAAAAACGAAAGUUUGCUGCAUUUGUAAAGUUUAUAUCAAAACUUACUGCGGAAGAGAAGCCACAAAAUCCAAGACCUUUCAUGAAUAAUCUCGACCGAUUGAAACGAGCUGUAAUCGACCAUAACAUGCACGUGGCAGUGGAAACCGGUGUACCUGAAGCACGUUUAGUAAAAAAGAAGCAUGCUGAGGAGUUGAAGCAGUUGGAAAAGACCGAUCCCGAGUGGUUGUUAGAGUUAAAGCAACAGGAUGAACAAAACAGGCUUGAAGAAGCGUCUCGAAAGAAGAAGUUACUCGAGGAAGACUUGAAGGAAGAAGAAGCGGAAGAAGAAGUGGAGGAGGAAUAUGAGGAGGAGAAAAAGGCAGUGCCUUCCGAAAUUCGACAAAGAAACCCCACUAGACAAGAUGAAACAUCGAAUAUCGAACACGUAUUACAACAUCACCGCCAAAUGCAUGAUGAGUUAACAACGGAUUUAGGAAGAAUGGCCCAACAAUUAAAGAUGAAUAGUCAAGCACUGGGAGAUACAUUGACAAAGGAUGAUGUUGUAUUGAGAGAAGCGCAACAAGCGGUUGAAAGUAAUUUGGAGCGAAUGACAAAAGAAAGAAAACGAUUGGAUGAACAUUAUUCCAAGUCAUGGGGCACUAGUUUCAUGACUAUGGGAGUAGUUUUCUUUGUGUGUAUCAUGUUCAUAUUAGUAUUCUUUACAAUCAAAUUUUUACCAAAGGUAUGAUGUCAUUAAAUCAUAAAAGGUUGCCCUUGUCCCUUUAAUCUCUUUAUUAUUUUUUUAUUAUUAUUUUUUUUUUUAUUAUUAUUAUUUAAUAAUUUCAAAAUCUAUUAUCGAGCAUCCUGUA